UUUUCGCAAUGGGCUGGAACCAGUUGUAUUUAGCUUGAAGCAUCCCUUUGAUAGCAUUAGAGUGUUGUUUUAAAGCUGAUCACUGGGGCACUAGUUAUCUUGUCACGGACACUAUUAAAUAUAGGCUAUUAGACUGUGGCGUUUGUACAUCUCAGACAUGAUGAGGUUCCAAAGCAUAGUCGUGGUACUAUGUAUAGCUGUGUAUCAAGCAAAUUCACUAACCAUUGACUGUACGAAGAGUGACGACGGUACACAAUUAACAGCCACGUUAAGAGAAGCUGUUAGCGCAACUGCCGUUCAGAUAGAAGCUUUUGAUGUGGCAAAUCCCGCAACAGACGACUGCUCCUCUACUCAGGUGACUGUGGAUGGAGUUACUACGAACGAGCUGAUCAUCACGGUAUCCUUGACAACAGAACUACAAAUCUCACCAACGAUUGAAACAUCAAAUUGCUACGUAACUGCGCCUACAGCCCCGGCCACACUUUACACAUACCACGUUGUAACACAACGACAGGCCGGAACAACCCUUGCUAUAGACACUCUUUUCUCGGCCACGUGUGAUUCAACAAUAAGCGUUUCGUCAGCAGAGGUUCCCGGUGGUGUCCCAGUCGCGAAUAUCUUAACUGCAACCGCAGCGGAGGUUGUGAGUGACAGCAUAGCAGCAAGCCUCGUUGACAACACAGGUGCUCCUGUUACUGCGCCAGAUCUUGGAGAUCUAGUGAGUCUUCGAGUGACGUUCACUGUACCGACUGGACUUACUGCUGGCACAUAUGCUCAGUUACUCCAAAUAUACAAUGUCGAACUGUCCGGAUAUUCGGAUUUCCGAACAAGCUUCAACUUAAUAACCGAAAAUGGAUGUACCAACGCAACUGCUGUGUCAGUUCUUGGCUUGCAAGGAGGUGUAGUAUACAAUCCUACAGAUUCGACAGUUGGCACAACUCACGUGUCCGAUACAGGUCUGUUCACGGCAGCCAUGUUUGAGGGUCCCGCUCCUAAGACAAUGUAUGUAAAAUUCAGUUACAGGAAGACAUGUUUGACAAUAACCGACAUGAAGUGCACCGACCAACAGCAAUACUGUGUGAACAAUGCAUUGACAAGAAAGAAACGCCGGGCUUUGGAAAAUGAUGGUACCAUGACAGUAAUGAAGCAGUUUGCACUAGGAGACAACAAUGCUCUUGGCAGAAAGAAGCGUAGUACUGCACUCAUAGGCCAGAAUGGGACUCUACAAUUUGGUGUGCCUAUCUCAUUUAACCAUGAAGGCUCUCAAAAUCAACAGGGAGGGAACAGCGGAACAACUAGCAGCAAGCAAGAGGAAUGUGAAGUCCCCGAGGUGUAUUGGAUUAUUUCUAUCGUCCUUGGCUUUCUGUUGCUCUGCAUGAUGGCGCUGUGUGUGUUCCUCGUUCUACGCCUGCGCAAAGAACAAAAUCGGAAUGACCGAGUUGCAGAUAAACUUGGGCAUGGGAAUCCGGGAUAUCGUUAUUAGAAUAAAAUUGAUGGGCGCUGAAAAUAUGAAGUCACAUAUUUGUAAUAUAUAUGGAAGUCUCAAAUUUGCGUAUUUCUUUUCAGAUCCAAAGAUUAGUAUAUAUCAAAGAACUAAUAAAUACGUUGAAUUUAUUAAUCAUUUAAGUAUCUGUAGAAUAUGACAAAAUAACUGACUUUUUAGUGAUUAUUCAAAUGUAUUUUGAUUUUCGGAAGAGAAAAUAUUACCUGCAUGGCACUUCAUUUUUCGGCGCCCUGUGGUAUAUAAAGACGUACAUUGUCUAAAUUACCCAGAAUAAAGUUAAAUGCUACCUUUCACAUUACAAAAAUGUUUAAAAAGAAAUUCGAUAAUGUAGAUUAAUAAAAAAAACAAAUUUCAAUCUGUGAGCAAGUUUAAUGGUUUUUGAAUAAAUAAAUAUGAGGACAGAAAUCAAGGCAAAAUCGUCUUUCAUGACUUUAACAUUUAAAAAGUCGAAUUUAAUAGUAACAUCGAUAACACAUGGUUAUUAUUUAAACUGCUCCAGCAAGGUUUUCAUAAAAUCUCGAAUUUAAGGUUGCUACGGGUAAAAGUCCAUGCAGACUUAUAUUAUUUCGUGUAGUAAGUGUCUGUUGUACUAAAUUUGUGUUACUGAAAAAUAUAAAUUUGCCUUCUUUAGAACUUUUCGAACAAAUGACAUUUUACCGUGACAUUUUUGAAAUGCAAAUUGCCCAGAUGCUCUAUUACCAACUAGCUGUACAAUGUCUGGGAAUACUGAUACGUAUGAGUAUUCUCAGACAAUAUAUCAAUAUAUAGAUGAUCUUUGUGUGUGUUAUACAUGGAAUAUCUCUCAGCAAGAAGUGAGACAAUUUCUGUAUGUUCACGAGUGCGUUUUUAAUGUAUGCAAACUGAUAAAAAAAAAAAACACACACACACAAAUAAAAAAAAAAAAAACAACAUAUAUCAUUCAUUAUGUGAGCGAGGGAAGUGUAGGACAAAACCCUUCUCGCAGACUUUUGGAUGAAUGCACAUACCACUCCCAUGAAUUUGACUUUUCUUUCCUUUAAAAAAUAUUUUGAACGACUAAAUUUCAUUUUAAAUUAACUAGUUUUUGAUGCUGGAAUAUAAAAACACUUUUAUUAAAUCUUUGUUAAUUGUUAUUAUGUUAAAUGUACGGGGUCCGCUUGUGAAAUAUAUCAGUGGGAGGGAUUUUGUCCGGAUGGGCUUUUGUCCUCUUUGUAAUAUAUCAGAGGGAAGGACUUUGUCCGCUGUGUGAAAUAUCAGAGGGUAGGAUUUUGUCCGGGAGGGGUUUUGUCCUCUGUAUGAAAUAUCAGAGAAAGGACUUUGUCCGAGAGAGGUUUUGUCCUCUGUGUGAAAUAUCAGUGGAAAGGAUUUUGUCCAGGAGGGAUUUUUUUUUCUUGCUCCUGACAUGGUUCAUCAACUCGCUUAAUAUAUAUAUAUUUAU